GGAGAGCCGCGGCGCGGCGGGAGGAGGAGGUGGAGGAGGCGGAGGAGGGAGCCCGCGAGGGAGGGUCCGCCCGGCCCCCCGCCGCCGGAGCCGCCGCCGCCGCCGCCGCCGCCUCAGCCGCCGCUGGACGAGGAGCAGCAGAACAUGGCGCCGGGGCCGCCGUCGCCUCUGCUGGGAUCCUGGAGGCCGGAGCCGCGCUGAGGGCGCCCAGCUGGAAGAAAUGUGUACUAUCUGGCGAUGAGAAGUGGUGAAAACUGACCUCGUGCUGGUGUACAAACACUAUGGGACCUGACACUUUCACCUCGUGGGCAGCCGGCCCCCACUGAUAAUGUGGGGAAACCAUCAGGUCCACUGGAAAACACUAAUCUGAUCUUGGAAGUGGCCGAUUGUGGCAGGAUGUGUCGACGAUGAUGAUGGCAAGAAAGCAAGAUGUCCGCAUUCCCACCUACAACAUCAGUGUGGUGGGAUUGUCUGGGACCGAGAAGGAGAAGGGCCAGUGCGGCAUUGGGAAGUCUUGCCUGUGCAACCGCUUCGUGCGCCCGAGUGCUGAUGAGUUUCACUUGGACCAUACCUCUGUCCUCAGCACCAGUGACUUUGGCGGGCGAGUGGUCAAUAAUGACCACUUUCUCUACUGGGGAGAAGUUAGCCGUUCCCUGGAGGAUUGUGUGGAAUGUAAGAUGCACAUUGUGGAGCAGACUGAGUUCAUCGAUGAUCAGACUUUUCAACCUCAUCGAAGCACGGCCCUGCAGCCCUAUAUCAAGAGAGCUGCUGCAACCAAGCUCGCAUCAGCUGAAAAACUCAUGUACUUUUGCACUGACCAGCUGGGGCUGGAGCAGGACUUUGAGCAGAAACAGAUGCCAGAUGGAAAGCUGCUGAUUGAUGGUUUUCUUCUUGGUAUUGACGUUAGCAGGGGCAUGAAUAGGAACUUUGAUGACCAGCUCAAGUUUGUGUCCAAUCUCUACAAUCAGCUUGCAAAAACAAAAAAGCCCAUAGUGGUGGUCCUGACUAAGUGUGAUGAGGGCGUUGAGCGGUACAUUAGAGAUGCACAUACUUUUGCCUUAAGCAAAAAGAACCUCCAGGUUGUGGAGACCUCAGCAAGAUCCAACGUAAACGUGGACUUGGCUUUCAGCACCUUAGUGCAACUCAUUGAUAAAAGUCGGGGAAAGACGAAAAUCAUUCCUUAUUUUGAAGCUCUCAAGCAGCAGAGUCAGCAGAUAGCUACAGCAAAAGACAAGUAUGAGUGGCUGGUGAGUCGCAUUGUGAAAAACCACAACGAGAAUUGGCCGAGUGUCAGCCGAAAGAUGCAGGCCUCUCCUGAGUACCAGGACUAUGUCUACCUGGAAGGUACUCAGAAAGCCAAGAAGCUGUUUCUCCAGCACGUCCACCGCCUCAAGCACGAGCACAUUGAGCGCAGGAGAAAGCUGUACCUCGCAGCCCUGCCGUUAGCCUUUGAAGCUCUUAUACCCAAUUUAGAUGAAAUAGACCACCUAAGCUGCAUAAAAACCAAAAAGCUCUUGGAGACCAAGCCAGAAUUCCUGAAGUGGUUUGUUGUGCUCGAAGAGACACCGUGGGAUGCCACCAGCCACAUUGACAACAUGGAGAAUGAGCGGAUUCCCUUUGACUUGAUGGAUACCGUCCCUGCCGAGCAGCUGUACGAGGCCCACUUAGAGAAGCUGCGGAACGAGAGGAAAAGAGCUGAGAUGAGAAGGGCAUUUAAAGAAAACCUGGAGACCUCUCCCUUCAUAACUCCCGGAAAGCCUUGGGAAGAGGCCCGUAGUUUUAUUAUGAACGAAGAUUUCUACCAGUGGCUGGAAGAAUCCGUAUACAUGGAUAUUUAUGGCAAACACCAAAAGCAAAUUAUAGACAGAGCAAAGGAAGAGUUUCAGGAACUGCUUUUGGAAUAUUCAGAGUUGUUUUAUGAGCUGGAGCUGGAUGCUAAGCCCAGCAAGGAGAAGAUGGGUGUCAUUCAGGAUGUUCUGGGGGAGGAACAGCGAUUUAAAGCAUUACAGAAGCUCCAAGCGGAGCGUGAUGCCCUUAUCCUGAAGCACAUUCAUUUUGUGUAUCACCCAACCAAGGAAACGUGCCCUAGCUGCCCAGCUUGUGUGGAUGCUAAGAUCGAGCACUUGAUUAGUUCUCGGUUUAUCCGACCAUCUGACCGGAAUCAGAAAAAUUCACUGUCUGACCCCAACAUUGAUAGGAUCAACUUGGUUAUCUUAGGCAAAGAUGGCCUCGCACGUGAGUUGGCCAAUGAGAUUCGAGCUCUCUGUACAAAUGAUGAUAAGUAUGUGAUAGAUGGUAAAAUGUAUGAGCUUUCCCUGAGGCCGAUAGAAGGGAAUGUCAGGCUUCCUGUGAACUCUUUCCAAACGCCAACAUUUCAGCCCCACGGCUGCCUCUGCCUUUACAAUUCAAAGGAAUCUCUAUCCUAUGUGGUGGAGAGUAUAGAGAAGAGUAGAGAGUCCACACUUGGCAGGCGAGAUAACCAUUUAGCCCAUCUUCCCCUGACGUUGAUCUUAGUUAACAAGAGAGGAGACACCAGUGGAGAGACCCUGCAUAGCCUAAUACAACAAGGUCAGCAGAUUGCUAGCAAACUUCAGUGUGUCUUUCUCGACCCUGCUUCUGCUGGCAUCGGUUAUGGACGCAACAUUAAUGAAAAGCAAAUCAGUCAAGUUUUGAAGGGACUCCUGGACUCCAAGCGUAACUUAAACCUGGUCAGUUCUACUGCUAGCAUCAAAGAUCUGGUUGACGUUGACCUGCGAAUUGUCAUGUGUCUGAUGUGUGGAGAUCCUUUCAGUGCAGAUGACAUACUCUAUCCUGUCCUUCAGUCCCAGACCUGUAAGUCUUCCCAUUGUGGAAGCAACAACUCUGUUUUACUUGAACUACCGAUCGGACUCCACAAGAAGCGCAUUGAGCUGUCUAUUCUUUCGUACCAUUCCUCAUUUAGCAUCAGAAAAAGCCGGUUGGUCCAUGGGUACAUUGUUUUUUAUUCAGCCAAACGUAAGGCCUCCUUGGCUAUGUUACGUGCCUUUCUUUGUGAAGUGCAGGAUAUUAUCCCCAUUCAGUUGGUCGCACUCACUGACGGCGCUGUAGAUGUCCUGGACAAUGACUUAAGUCGGGAACAGCUGACCGAAGGGGAGGAGAUUGCUCAAGAGAUUGACGGGAGGUUCACAAGCAUCCCUUGUAGCCAACCCCAGCACAAACUUGAGAUCUUCCACCCAUUUUUUAAGGAUGUGGUGGAUAAAAAGAACAUAAUCGAGGCUACUCAUAUGUACGAUAACGCUGCCGAGGCCUGUAGCACCACGGAAGAGGUGUUUAACUCCCCCCGAGCGGGCUCUCCACUCUGCAACUCCAACCUGCAGGAUUCAGAAGAGGAUAUCGAGCCCCCUUCUUAUAGCUUGUUUCGAGAAGACACGUCACUGCCCUCUCUGUCCAAAGACCAUUCUAAGCUCUCUAUGGAACUGGAGGGAAAUGAUGGGCUGUCGUUCAUCAUGAGCAAUUUUGAGAGUAAACUGAACAACAAAGUACCUCCACCAGUCAAACCAAAGCCUCCUGUCCAUUUUGAAAUCACAAAGGGGGAUCUGUCUUAUUUAGACCAAGGCCAUAGAGAUGGGCAGAGGAAGUCUGUGUCUUCUAGCACCUGGCUACCUCCGGAUGGGUUUGAUCCUUCUGAUUAUGCUGAACCCAUGGAUGCUGUGGUCAAGCCAAGGAACGAAGAAGAAAACAUAUAUUCAGUGCCCCAUGACAGCACCCAAGGCAAAAUCAUCACCAUUCGGAAUAUCAACAAAGCCCAGUCCAACGGCAGUGGCAACGGUUCCGACAGUGAAAUGGACACCAGCUCUCUAGAGCGAGGCCGCAAGGUGUCCAUCGUGAGCAAGCCCGUGCUGUACAGGACGAGAUGCAGCCGGUUAGGAAGGUUUGCUAGUUAUCGAACCAGCUUCAGUGUGGGGAGCGAUGAUGAGCUAGGGCCCAUUCGGAAAAAAGAGGAGGAUCAGGCAUCUCAAGGUUAUAAAGGGGACAAUGCCGUCAUUCCAUAUGAAACAGACGAAGACCCAAGGAGGAGGAAUAUUCUUCGCAGUCUACGGAGGAACACUAAGAAACCAAAGCCCAAACCCCGGCCGUCCAUCACAAAGGCAACCUGGGAGAGUAACUAUUUUGGGGUGCCCUUGACAACUGUCGUGACUCCAGAGAAGCCCAUCCCCGUGUUUAUUGAGAGAUGUAUUGAGUACAUUGAAGCCACAGGACUGAGCACAGAAGGGAUCUACCGGGUCAGCGGGAAUAAGUCGGAGAUGGAGAGUCUGCAGAGACAGUUUGAUCAAGACCACAACCUGGAUUUGGCAGAGAAAGACUUUACAGUGAAUACCGUGGCUGGUGCCAUGAAGAGCUUUUUCUCAGAGCUGCCAGACCCCCUGGUCCCGUACAACAUGCAGAUUGAUCUGGUGGAGGCACACAAAAUCAAUGACCGGGAGCAGAAGUUGCACGCCCUUAAGGAAGUACUCAAGAAAUUUCCAAAGGAAAACCACGAAGUCUUCAAAUACGUCAUCUCUCACCUGAACAAAGUCAGCCACAACAACAAGGUGAAUCUCAUGACCAGUGAGAACCUCUCCAUCUGCUUCUGGCCCACCUUGAUGAGACCCGACUUCAGCACCAUGGACGCCCUCACGGCCACGCGGACCUACCAGACAAUCAUCGAGCUCUUCAUCCAGCAGUGCCCCUUCUUCUUCCACAAUCGGCCCAUCAGUGAGCCUCCCGGUGCCACGCCCAGCUCCCCCUCCGCCGUGGCUUCCACCGUCCCCUUCCUCACCUCCACACCUGUCACGAGUCAGCCGUCACCCCCCCAGUCGCCUCCACCCACGCCCCAGUCUCCCAUGCAGGCCCUGCUCCCCUCCCAGCUGCAAGCCGAACACACGCUGUGAGCCACCGAGGCCUGGGGCCAAAGGUGACCUUCUCUCUUCCGCGGGGUGGCAUGUGGCCUUGAACAAAACCAGGUCCACUGGGGUAGGAGUGGGGAGAGUGUCCCCUCUCCCCUGUUACCUUCUCAAGACCUCAGCGGUAGCACCAGCCCCAGUCCACACCUUGUGCUGGGCCAUCAGGCUCCCCGAGCCCGGCGCUGCAGACCCCGGAGCUGGCCGUAGGCAGCAGCCAGAGGGCGCCCUGCUCUCUGACUUGGACCUUCUUGAGGACCGAACUGGCCAGGCAGUGGCCCCCGUGACCCUCUACACGCUCACUGCUCCCCAGACCACUUACCCCGCCUGCCCGUGCACAGCAGCCUCAGGGCAUCGUUCACCGCUUGGACAGAGCCCCGGCCUCUGCCAGUGGAAGCAGGUUCCGAGAUUUGGGCUGCCCCGGGGCGGGCUCAUCGGUCCCUGCAGAAAACAAUUCCCGUCCGUUUUGUCCACCUCUUUCCACCUUCCGCGUCUGCACUUCCACCCCCGUCAGGGUGGCACCUGUCCGGUGGCCUCCUCGGGAAUGCGCGGGCCGCGGCUCUGUCCACCCAAGGUACCGUGCUGAGGGUGUAGCCCCUGCAGGUCAGAACCGGGGGAGGGCGGCUGUGUGCCCGGACCAAGAGCGUGGGACUCCCCUCCACUUGCGCACGCCCCCUCCCUCUUCACAGGAUCUGGCCUACGUUCCCUUUAAAACAAGGGAACGCUGGAAGAAAAACGGAAAACCCCUCCGAUAACUCACAAAAGAGAAAGGAAGAAAAUCCAGACCUCAAGACUGAGCUCUCCUCCCACCUCUCGGAGAGGCAAACGGGGGGCGGGUGGCCCUUGCCUUGGUAAAAGCGAAACAGGGAUGCCCAGGGGUGGCUGCCAGGAAAGCUGUUGGGGUCCCACUGAUACCCUGUCAGCAGAUCCCCUUUUCCCAAGAAGACAGUUUAAGCCCUUGGUGGGAGAGCUUGGGAGACCAGCCUGGAUCCUGGUCUGCUUUGAAACACACUACAGUGCUGUGGAAACACUAUUCUGUGCGGGGUGUGUGUGUGUGUGUGUGUGUGUGUGUGUGUGUGUGUGUGUGUGUCUCCCUGUUAGGGUGCAGCUGAGGGCGCUGGGGGCACCUGGGGCUUGGUUUAGUCCUCCUCAUCCCGGGCCACCGAACACCACCAACCCAGUGCUUAGGGCACUUCACGGGAAGUGGGUGACAUACGGGGAAGUGUGGUCCGGGUUCCUGCACAGGGACUGAGGGCCUGGGGGAGCAGAAGUCACAGAAGCAGUCGGAGUCGUGAGGAGGGUGCCGGGCCUGCCCGUCACUACAAGCCCCGUGGCUUUCCCCGGCCCUUCCUGGGAAAUGGCCGCCUCCUCAGCCUCCGUGCCCUUCCCGCCUUCCCACCUUCCCACUGGGAACCCUUCGAGUGCCCACCCGUCUCUCCAGUGCAGCCGCCGUGCUAAGGCUGCUACAGAUACUGGCUGCCCUCCACUCCUCGUGGCUGGGCCGUGGCCUCUGCAGCGGGGGAGCCUGGCACAAAGGCGCCCCGGGCCCAGGUCGUGGGGCUCGGGGCCCUGCGUGCCACACAGCCUCCGGGCCUCUUUGCACUUUAAGAAGCAACGCCUGUGGUGGGUUCCCCGAUGCCCUGGGUCCCCUCAGCCAGUGGCCUGACAAAAAGCUGCCUCGGUCUGGCCCCAAAAACUUCCUGUUGGCCGGGGGGGGGGGGGGGGGGGGCCUGCGCUCGCCAACUGCUCCCUCUGGAUAAGCUGGAUACCUUACUGUUCAGAGUUCUCGUACGGCAACAUAAGGUGCUUGGAAAAUACUACCCAGCAAGUUUUACCGCCUCUUUUUAACACUAGUCAAAAAGAAACCCAAGGUACACAGAUGUUUUACAUAAAUGCUGGGUGAGGGCUCUCUUUCCUGGCCGAUCUGCACCUGAGGCUUUAGGCCCGGGUUGGCUUGUGGGUGAUUGUGGUGGCAGACCCGUGGCUCUGGCUCUCCAGCUCCCUCCACUCUAAGUCCCGGGCAGGCGAGGAAAUGACUCCACAGAAUUAAUCUCAGCCUUUUUCUAGAUCGUGCCCACCUGUCCACGCCCCCCCCCCCCCCCCCCCCCCGCCCCAAGGCAGCCCUUCAAGGUAUUGGGUGUGCGUGGCCUGGGACCACCUUCCCUCCUGUGGACGGGGACAAAAGUAGCCUGAUCCCCACCCACUGCCUGUUUCCUCGGCUGCCCACUUUGUGCUGGUGCACCAGGCCAGGUGCCCCACGUCACCACCUGCCACCUCGGCUGUGCACGGGGGCUCCACAAGCCCCCAAGUUCCCCUCAUUCUUGAGACUAACGGAUGUAUAGAUGGUGACUUUUGUGGGGGGCGGGAGCAGGGGGCGCGCUGGGAGGAGGAAUACUUGCUUUGUGCUCUUGCCCUCCCCCUCCCCCUCCCCUUCCCCAGAGUAGCAGGAGCCGGCCUUCCCCAGGGCAGCCUCUGGGCCGACGGUGCCCCCUGGCAGCCAGCUCAGGGAGCCCCUUCGUAUGCCUGCCCUGUGCCCUGCCGGGGCUUUAAAGGGUGUGGGGGGCGGACCUGGUGGCCCGUGCCCCACAAGAGCCACAGUGCACAGGAAGUGCCAGGGACCGAGCUUCCAGUUUUCUGCUGCUCCAGACUCCAGGCUCGGACUAGGGGGUGUUAGUCUUGUCACUCUGAGUUGGCGUUGCCACUAGUGGUAGUUCUGGGCCCUGGGCUUCCCCCUCGGUCGGGAGUGAGCGUCCAUACCAAAUGGGCACUUGGGUAAGACCCAGAAGGGCAAGUCUGGGCCCAUGUCAGGCCGUGCGGCUUUAGAUGGGUCGCUCCCCACCCCUCCGGUGCAUGCGGCGCGGUCAGCUCUGAAGUGUUUUCACAAACGAUUCUCGUGCGAGGUGCGCCACGGCUCUGGAACCGAGGGCAGGACAGGCAUUAAUGAGCCUUGGCCGAAAUGGGUGAGCAGGUCAGCAGAGGUAUGGGACUUGCUUCCCGCCCGACAGCUAAAUAGCAGUUUGCCUGGGAGCGCUCUGCCUGGCCCGCGCCUGACAUCCACAAGAAUGUGGUGGUGAUAUUCAGUGGAAAUGAACAGCCCUUGGUCGUGAGCAGAAGGCUCCUUCUAGAAGGCUCUGACAACUGAGGAAGGGGUCGCGGCGUGGCUUGCGAAUUCGCCCCGAGUUCUUGGCUGUGUUGUGUUGGGGAUCACACGCGGCACAUUUAUUCCUGCUCUCUGUUGAGUCGUUCUUCCCGUCACUUGACGUGCUGGAGUGCUGAGAGAUACUCCGUACGGUUUCCUGUGUCUACACCUACCGCCACCCUGCUCUUCCUGCUGCCGGGUGUGAUCCUUCCCGCCGAGCGUGUUGGUCUUUGCCAGGUGGGCAGAGGGGGCCGUCCUGGGAGCAGCGCGCCUCCGCCCCGGGCCCCGGGUCUCGGGAGGGAGGCCUGGAGGGCGUUCCAGCCUCGGCCCCGAAACUUGAAAACCACACUGGGUAGAAGCCCUCUCCCUCUGUGCCCCCUCCCGCUCCUGCGAGGACAGCCACACUGCCUUGGGGUUCCCGAGAAAGGAGUGGACGCUGGUUCGCUGCCGCCCGCCGAGGGCUCUGCCCACCGUUGCUUCUCCAAGAGAAGGAAGCCCCAGGGACCUGGGCGGCUUUCUGGGGGCCGGGCUCCACAUUCCUGUGCGGUGGGCACGGUGCGCCCUGGGGGCCGGGACAGCGGGCGCUGCACUCGCUCCCGGGCCCUGCCGCCUCGGCGGACGGUGGACGAGGAGCCGCCCUCCUGUUGCUUGGCAGGUUCAAGCCACUCGUUUGCGCUUAGGUGAAAGGACCGACCGAGUCGAGUCCGGGACCGCUGGCCCCGGAGAGGGGGCGGCAUGGGGGGAGGGCCGCCGGCCCCCGAGUCAGGAGCCGGGAGCCACGUCCGCCCGCCACCCUGGGCCGGCGCCCGCGGCAGUGAUGUUCCACUUUCAUGUAGUCAAGACAGGGCGUAAGUUAUUGUUUGCAUAAAAAAGAAUCCUGUUCCCUGUGUACAUUAAAAAAAAAAAAAAGGCAAUGUCUCUGAAUUGUAUGGGAAUAAAACUUGUUUGAAAAUUUGGAAUAGUGCUGCUGCCAGCUUAUUUUUCUGGUACUUGUAUUUUCACAUGUUAAAUGAUCUUUAUAUAUGUUGAAUUAACAAAUAUUUUGAGUUUCCUGAGGGAAAAAAAGCAUAUUAAUGGUAUUGAAAUGUGUUAGUAGUCUGGCCGUGUGCCCAAAUUUCUGUUUUGCAGCAAAAGUGGAGAACUGUAUGUAAAGAAAGUAUAACAAUUAUUUCUUUGUAUUUUAGGGGCUUUAACCAGGACAUCAUCCUCUAGUUGGUGUUAGGAAUGUUUGCUUAAUUUCCAGACCCCCUUUUUUUUUAAAAAAAAAACACGUUGUGGGUUUUUGAGGCUCCAACCCGAUUAGUGCAUGGUCAGCCAUCAAUCAAGGCUGAAGCAUCUCUGACUGAGGUGGUUUUGUUUGGUUUUGUUUUUUAAAAU